AUGAGCUCCCUAAACUUCUCCCCUCUCGUUGAAGAAGAGGUGAUCUGCUGGACGGAGAAAGGAGACUAUCGUGGAUCCUCUGGGGAGUCUCAACAACCUCAUGAUGCUGAUGAGGCAGAGAAGAGUCUCUCCACAUCAGAACUCCUCCAGAAACACCAGCAGAGACCCACAGGGAAGAAAUCUCACUCCUGCUCUGACUGUGGGAAAUGUUGCAAAUCUUCAUCAGAACUUAAAAUACACCAGAGAACACACACAGGAGAGAAACCUUUUAGCUGUGAUCAAUGUGGGAAGAGUUUUACUAUAUCUAACUCUCUGACUGUACACCAGAGAACACACAAAGGAGAGAAACCAUAUGGCUGUGCUCAAUGUGGGAAGAGUUUUACUACAUCUAGCCAUCUGACUGUACACCAGAGAACGCACACAGGAGAGAAACCAUAUGGCUGUGCUCAAUGUGGGAAGAGUUUUGCUAAAUCUAGCCAUCUGACUGCACACCAGAGAACACACACAGGAGAGAAACCAUAUAGCUGUGAUCAAUGUGGGAAGAGUUUUGCUAAAUCUAGCCAUCUGACUACACACCAGAGAAUACACACAGGAGAAAAACCAUAUAGCUGUGAUCAAUGUGGGAAGAGGUUUUCUACAUCUAGCAAUCUAACUAACCACCAGAGAACACACACAGGAGAGAAACCACGCUGUGAUCAAUGCGGGAAGAGUUUUUCUACUCCUAGCUAUCUAAUUAUACACCAGAGAACACACACAGGUGAGAAACCUUUUAGCUGUGAUCAAUGUGGGAAGAGUUUUUCUUCUUCUAGCUAUCUAACUAUACACCAUAGAACACACACAGGAGAGAAACCUUAUAGCUGUGAUCAAUGUGGGAAGAGUUUUUCUUCUUCUCGCUAUCUAACUAUACACCAUAGAACACACACAGGAGAGAAACCAUAUGGCUGUGAUCAAUGUGGGAAGAGUUUUACUUGGCCAAAAAGCCUGAAUAUACACAAGCGGACACACACAGGGGAAGAGAUACUCUGAUAAAAGAUCUCUGAUUAAACAAAGUUGUUUCAUGAUAUCAAUGAAAUAAUGUCACAAUGUAGAAUGUUUUAACAUUGUAGUAGGAGUAUUUUAAUGAUGUCACAAUGUAGAAGCCUAAACAUUUGUCCCUGUUACACUUACCGUGUUGGUGACCCACUUGAAUCAAAAUGCAACACUUCAAAAUGUAGCGAUCUGUUUUCUACAAGUUGUCUUCUAACCAGGGAUUUACACAUUAUUCCCAGAUUCCGUGUGGUUUUUGAGCUGUUAGUUUUAACAGGACCUGCAACCUCAUCUCCAUUCUGUCACACAAUUGAUUUCAACAUGAUAUCGUUGAGGGAUGACAAAUAAGUGUUGCGUUCCUUUGUUUUGCGACCCCUAAAUUUAAAUGCAUCACUCCAAAAUGUAGCUGACUGUCUUCUGCAGGUUGUCCUCUAAUCAGUGAGGUAAAAGAUAUCUCCCAUUUCCAUGUGUUUUUUGUUGUUGUUAGUUUCAACAGAACAUACAACCUGAUUUCCCCCCUAAUCGAUAUCAGUGAUUUAUUGCUACUUGUCAAAACAACAGCGUUUCUGGUGCUUGUGCAGUUUAUAAGGAGCUUGUUUUAAAAAUACAAGUAAUAUGAUUAUUGUGGAAGAUGUUUGUGUAAAUAGCACAUUUUUUGUUUAGGUUUUCAAUAUAUCAGAAACUGUUUCUGCACAUUGGUUAUUGAUUUGGACACGUUAAAACUGUGUUUUGACAUUGGGGGUAUCCCACCUAGCAACAUGUCCUUGAAAAGAAGAUGUAUUCUUUCAGUUGUGGUUGAAAGUGAUAGUUGAAAAUAUGUAUUUUCAGGUCUUUUUUUUUUUUUUUACUUGAAACAACUUCAUUUCAAUGUACUUUCAGGUAGCAUAGUGGUUAGAGCGUUGGGCCAGUAAUCGAAAGGUUGCUGGAUCGAAUCCCUGAGCUGACAAGGUAAAAAUGUAGUUUUGCCCCGAACAAGUCAGUUAACCCACUGUUCCCCGGUAGGCCGUCAUUGUAAAUAAGAAUUUGUUCUUAGCUGACUUGCCUAGUUAAAUAAAGGAGAAGAAAUAAUAUAUAUAUAUAUAUAUGGACGCAGAAUAAUAAUCAAUCGUCUAUGAUCCAUUUUUUUUUUACAAAUCCUGCAUCAGUUAAAUAAAAUGGGACGAGAGUUCUAGAAGCUAGUGAGUUUUAGGAAGACGAGAGUUCUAGAAGCUAGUGAGUUUUAGGAAGAGGAGAGUUCUAGAAGCUGGUGAGUUUUAGGAAGAAGAGAUUUCUAGAAGCUAGUGAGUUUUAGGAAGAGGAGAGUUCUAGAAGCUGGUGAGUUUUAGGAAGAAGAGAGUUCUAGAAGCUAGUGAGUUUUAGGAAGACGAGAGUUCUAGAAGCUAGUGAGUUUUAGGAAGAAGAGAGUUCUAGAAGCUAGUGAGUUUUAGGAAGAUGACAGUUCUAGAAGCUAGUGGAGUUUAGGAUUCUAUAGAAAGAAAAUUUUGAAAAAAAAUGAAUGUAUUUUAUUAUUUAGUAAUAAGUGUUUUUUUCUUGUUUUUAAUUGUUGACAGCCAGUAGACACCAUGUUUAUAUUGGUGAAGGUGAAGCAUUGUAGUUGAUUAUAAUGUGAAAUGGAAGUUAUUUUCUGUUGGUGGUGAGCGAAUUUGUCCAUCAAAAAUAUAGGAUAUAUUUGUUGUCUUAAGGGGGGAAGGUGUUACAGGCUUUGGUUUUUCCAUUUAUGUUUUGAGGUUGGACUUUAGCCCGUAUAGCUCGUUAGCCCGUAUAGCUCGUUAGCCCGUAUAGCUCGUUAGCCCGUAUAGCUCGUUAGCCCGUAUAGCUCGUUAGCCCGUAUAGCUCGUUAGCCCGUAUAGCUCGUUAGCCCGUAUAGCUCGUUAGCCCGUAUAGCUCGUUAGCCCGUAUAGCUCGUUAGCCCGUAUAGCUCGUUAGCCCGUAUAGCUCGUUAGCCCGUAUAGCUCGUUAGCCCGUAUAGCUCGUUAGCCCGUAAAGCUCGUUAGCACGUAGGACGCACUGAUUGGUGUCACCUCGUUAGUCAGUAUGUGUUACACCUGUGCUGGCUUGUCCAUCUCGUUAGUGGGAAGGUGUUUCACCUGAGCUGGUCCAGGUUCUAUUUAAGAGUGUCUGGCCCAGUGCUCCAGUUGUCUUGAUAGAUGUGGAGAGUCAACACCUUUAGUUGCGUCACCUUUUUGGUUUGCUUCCUGUCUUUAAGUUUGUUGUGGGUUUUUCUUUUGUUUCCCUCUUCUUGGUUAGAUUUAUUGGGUCUCAUGGUGGGUGUCUUUUAGGUCCCAGUUGUUGUUACUAGUCAACUUUCAAUCGACACCCCCAUAGUGUCUUUGAGAACCCCUCCUAAAAAACAAGCUUAUAUUUUGGGUUGGAUAUUGCAUCCAAUUAGUGUUUUAAUCAAUGGCAUUUCCUUAGAAUGCUCAUUGGUCUUUCAGUUGUUAAUCUUCUGUUUUUUUUUAUCCUGUUAUUUUUGUGUACUAAGUAUUUCUGUUUAUUUUCAUUGUUUUCUCCUGUGAAGCCAUUGUGUUGCAUCCAUGUCUAAAAUGUGCUGUAUAAAUAAAGCUUGAUUUGAUUUCAACA